AUGAACUGGACGGCGGCGACGUGCUGGGCUCUGCUCCUGGCGGCCGCCUUCCUCUGCGACAGCGGCGCGGCCAAGGGCGGCCGCGGGGGGGCUCGCGGCAGCGCGCGGGGAGGGCUACGCGGGGGCGCGCGCGGGACCUCGAGGGUGCGCGUGAGGCCCGCGCCCCGGUACGCGGGCUCCUCCCUGCGUGUGGCGGCGGCGGGCGCAGCGGCCGGGGUGGCGGGGGCGGCGGGCCUGGCCGCGGGCUUGGGCUCGAAGGGGGCCGCAGGCUUGGGGGCGCGCGGCCUGGACGACGACGACGACGAGAACGGGACCCCCGGCGGCAACGGGACGGGCCGAGGCGUCCACAGCUACCGCGCGUGGACUUCGGGCGCGGGGCCCACGCAGAGCCCGCGCCUCAGCCUGCUACUGGGCGGCGCCCUGGGCGCACUGCGGCUGCUGCGGCCCUAG